CGCUGCUCCCGGCCUGACGUCAUCGGCGGGCGCCGCAGCGCGGUGGCGGGCGCGCGCUGCCGGGAAGAUGUCUCCGACGCCGCCGCUGUUCAGUUUGCCCGAAGCGCGGACGCGGUUUACGAAGUCUACCAGAGAAGCCUUGAACAACAAAAACAUCAAGCCAUUGUUGAGUACCUUCAGCCAGUUACCUGGCAGUGAAAAUGAAAAAAAAUGCACUCUUGAUCAAGCUUUCAGAGGUGUUCUAGAAGAAGAAAUUAUAAACCAUUCAUCGUGUGAAAAUGUCUUAGCUAUUAUUUCUCUUGCUAUUGGGGGAGUAACCGAAGGUAUUUGUACCGCGUCUACACCUUUUGUACUGCUGGGAGACGUUUUGGAUUGUCUUCCUUUGGAUCAGUGUGACACAAUAUUCACUUUUGUGGAAAAAAAUGUUGCUACUUGGAAAUCAAAUACAUUCUAUUCCGCGGGGAAGAAUUAUUUACUACGUAUGUGCAAUGAUCUCCUUAGAAGAUUAUCCAAAUCCCAGAAUACAGUCUUCUGUGGACGAAUUCAGCUCUUUUUGGCCAGGCUUUUCCCUUUAUCUGAAAAAUCAGGUCUUAACUUGCAGAGUCAAUUUAACCUGGAAAACGUGACUGUUUUCAAUACCAAUGAGCAGGAAAGCACGCUGGGCCAGAAGCACACUGAGGAUAGAGAAGAAGGAAUGGAUGUAGAAGAAGGUGAAAUGGGAGAUGAUGAAGCUCCAACAACUUGCUCCAUUCCAAUUGAUUACAACCUAUAUCGAAAAUUCUGGUCACUUCAAGAUUACUUCAGGAACCCCGUGCAAUGUUAUGAGAAGAUUUCUUGGAAAACUUUUCUCAGGUACUCCGAAGAAGUUUUAGCUGUUUUUAAAAGUUAUAAAUUAGAUGAUACUCAGGCCUCAAGGAAAAAAAUGGAAGAAUUAAAAACAGGAGGAGAGCAUGUAUAUUUUGCAAAAUUUUUAACAAGUGAAAAGCUGAUGGAUUUACAGCUGAGUGACAGUAACUUUCGUCGGCACAUCCUGUUGCAGUAUCUCAUUUUAUUCCAGUAUCUCAAGGGGCAGGUCAAAUUCAAAAGUUCAAACUAUGUCUUAACUGAUGAGCAGUCACUCUGGAUUGAAGAUACUACAAAAUCGGUCUAUCAACUACUAUCUGAAAACCCCCCCGAUGGAGAAAGAUUUUCAAAGAUGGUAGAGCAUAUAUUAAACACUGAAGAAAACUGGAACUCAUGGAAAAAUGAAGGCUGUCCCAGUUUUGUGAAAGAAAGAACAUCAGAUUCCAAGCCUCCGAGAAUCGUACGAAAGAGAACAGCACCAGAGGACUUCCUAGGGAAAGGACCCAACAAAAAAAUUCUGAUGGGAAAUGAGGAGCUAACAAGGCUCUGGAAUCUCUGUCCUGAUAAUAUGGAAGCCUGUAAAUCAGAGACAAGGGAAUACAUGCCAACUUUGGAGGAGUUUUUUGAAGAAGCCAUUGAACAGGCAGAUCCUGAAAAUAUGGUUGAAAAUGAAUAUAAGGUUGUGAACAAUUCUAAUUAUGGCUGGAGAGCCCUGAGACUGUUAGCACGGAGAAGCCCUCACUUCUUCCAGCCAACCAACCAGCAGUUUAAAAGUCUGCCAGAGUAUCUUGAAAAUAUGGUAAUAAAGCUAGCCAAGGAAUUACCACCUCCUUCUGAAGAAAUAAAAACAGGUGAGGAUGAGGAUGAGGAAGAUAAUGAUGCUUUACUGAAGGAAAAUGAAAGUCCUGACGUUCGGCGAGACAAACCUGUAACAGGGGAACAAAUAGAGGUAUUUGCCAACAAGCUGGGUGAACAAUGGAAGGUUCUGGCACCCUACUUGGAAAUGAAAGACUCUGAAAUAAGGCAGAUCGAAGGUGACAGUGAAGACAUGAAGAUGAGAGCUAAGCAGCUCCUGGUUGCCUGGCAAGAUCAAGAGGGAAUACAUGCAACGCCUGAGAAUCUGAUUAAUGCGUUGAAUAAGUCUGGAUUAAAUGAUCUUGCAGAAAGUCUGACUAAUGACAAUGAGACAAAUAGUUAGCUUAUUCUUUGUUUUUUUAUUAAAACUGUGAUAAGAUUUUGUUACCAAGCAGCAUUUGAUAAGAGGUCCCCUGGUUUUGGUAAACAAUAAACAUUUUUAUAACAGUUGUUGUACAGUUGUCUGGUGCUCCAAGAACAACAGAACACACAUUGGCUCUUGAUGACUGACCCAGGGUUUGGGGGGAAGGUUGAGAAAAUGGCCAAACCUAAGCGACCUCAAGGUCACCAAAUAUAUUUUUGUUCAACAAAUUAAGUCUCCAUAAGCAGUAUUUAGGGGAAUGUUGUUUCCUAAGAUACACUGUGCCAAAUUAGUUUGUGUGCUAUUAAGUUACAAAAUUUAAUUAACUAUUCUGAAAUCCCAGAAUAAGACUUUCUAAAACCUUACAACUGCUCUAGUCUCAUUUUAUGCUUUAAAGCAGAGGAUCAGCCAGCCCUGGUCUGCUCACCACCAGUUUUCAUAGUUUUAAUGGCAUGCAGCCAUGCUCAUUCAUUUAAGUAUCAUCCGUGGCUGCUUUCACACUACCAUGGCAGAGUUGAGAGUUGCAACAGAGACCAUAUAGCCUGCAAAGCCUAAAAUACUAUGUAGUCCUUUACAGAAAACCCCCAACUUCAGAAGAACUGGGGUGAAGUCUAAAACCUAGGUUUUUCAGCCUUACAAGAAUUAUUUAAGCUCUCGAGUCUUUAAAAUAGGGAUGCUUACGUCAGAGAUUGCUCCGAAGUUCAUGUGAGCCAUGGGAAAGCGCCCUACCUAUAAACAGCAAAGCACCACAUAGUAACUGGCUGCAGAUGGUACCCUCCGCUUUCCUGUUCCCACAUCAGCCUUACUGCUAGGGCUCUAGAUUAGGUCAUCUUUAUUUGUUUAGAAUCCUGAAGAGGGGCCCCUGAGCGCAUGUUACUAAAUGCUCCUGCUUGGGUUUAACUAGCUGGUUAAGCAGUGACAGCAGCUGCACUAGGGGAACGGCCCCAGUGUUAGUGGCGCAGCAUAUAAGGCACAUUCAGCAAUCAAGACCUUUUCUCACCAUUCUCCCUUCUCAAAGACCUUACACGCAAGGCCGAAUGCUAAAACAGCCUUCCUAGUUGAAAACAACACUGAUUUAAGUACAAUUUCUACUUUAAAGAUCUCUUUGGAAUAAUGCUUUUUGGGUCAAGUAAAAUGAAAUCAAGUUUUUUACAAUGAUGACCAUUAAGGAAUGACAGUUGUAAAAUUCUAAGUCCACACAGAGUUUAUAUACUCUGCUCUAAACCUGCCUCACCUGAUCUAGCAGCCACAGCACCCUACAAACCAGAAGACCUGAAAUCUAAUUGCCAAAUUCAUGUCUUCAUAAUUGUUUGAGCCAAAUGAGAAAGUGAAUAAAAAAGUUAAAGGCCUCAUACAAAACAGUAAUUACAGUUCUUAGGGUCUCAUCCUCCCCAGUCUGUUCUGCGUUCCUCUCCCAAAGUAAAAGGAGUGCUGACUGCCAGUAGUAAAAGUUGAGGUGAAAGAAGCUAGUCACAAGUAAGCUUCCUGAAGUUCUUAUUUUAUCCCCUAGUGUUUGCUCAGAUGAUUUCACACUGCUCAAACUUGUGAAGAAAUGGCCAUUAUUCUUUAGGAAUCAAAUAGUUAUCAAUGUUACGCUCUACAGGGCAUUAAGGCAACAUAAACAAAGAUAGGAGAUUUCAUGAUAAUUCCCAAAAUUUUACUAUGACGUUAAGAAAAUUACAAUACUCAUUCUGUUGUUUCCCUAGCAGUCAAUCAAGGCUGAAGAAUGACUAAUGAGAAUGUAUUAAAAUGUAAGAAAACCACCAUAUUAAAAUACCUGGUACUUUUGGUAUUUCCUACUACCGCUUUAAAAUCAUUGAUCUGAGAUUAAAUUUUGAGAUGGAAUUAAGAGUUUGGGGUUUAACGGGAGAGUAAAAACAACAACGGAGCCAAGGACCCAAUAUGACUGAUAAUAGUAUCACUCCAUUCAGUAUCCAAAGAGCUCCGUUACCUUGACAACUUAGUGUUUCUUUCUAAACGGAAUAUAUUACAAGCAGGCAAAGAUGACCAAAACCAAAAAAGCCAAACCCGUUGCCAUCAAGUCAAUUCCAACUCAUGGUGACCUACAGGACAGAGCAGAACUGCACCAUCGGGUUUCCAAGGAGUGCCCGGUGGAUUCAAACUGCCAACCUUUUGGUUAGCAGCUGUAGCUCUUAACCACUAUGCCACCAGGGUUUCUAAGAAGAUGACAAACAUGUUUAAAAUGGAUGCUUAACAGCAGGGUAAAACUAACCAUCUGCAGAAACUGGAUACUAUUAAACAUAUCUGAAACUUUUCAGUCAGGCUUCAACUCUCAGUAGACAAAAGACUUGAGGUCAAAAGCUGUUAUUCCCUCUUUUUUUUUUUUUAUUAAAGAUCUUCAUUUUCUAAAAAUAAGCAACCAGAGCUUGUCAACUUUUUUUAAGGUUGAUUACUACAAAACCAUUGAAAAGUUAAAUGUACAAACCAUAGUACAUCAGAGAGACACAAUAAUAAAUGUAUAAUCAAAUUACUAUUAUUGAUCACAAUUUAUUUUAAAGUCAUGAAAAGCCAGCAACAGAACAGGACUGAGUCACCAGUUGGGCUGGACAAAUACUUGAUUGUACCCAUGUUCCCAUGGGAUGUGAACAGCAGCACUGAGUUACACAAUGAGAGAACACUUUUCCUUUCCACCUUCCUGGCAAAAUUUUUGUUAGAUAAGGCAGGUACCAAAUGGUGAUUUGAACCAUGCAAGAACAACAAGUAAUAGAGUUACAGGUUUGCAAUAAACAUCUGACAGCUGAAUCUUAAGCUGUGAAAGGCAGGGAGAAGGUUGAAAGGCAUUUCACCUCAGAAUUUUUUUAAAUUAUGCAAGAAAUAAGUUUUUUUUUAAUGUCUUCCUGCUACCUUACACAGGGCAGCACAGUCCAAAGAUAUUUUCUCUUCUCUGUAAUUUUUUACAUUGGUACAGAGUGGUUUGCAAGUCUUCUGCCACCCUCUUUUACUCCACGUGAGGGGAAACACAUAAAACCACCUAAUUAUCUUCCUCUAAAGCUCUGGAUUAUAGAAAUGAUCAACGAAUAACAUUUAUUUCACACCUAAGCAUAAAUAGCUAAAAUGAAGAUUACUAUUCACUUUCCUCUUCCAUUAUUUCAACUCUGCGAGGCCCGUAGAGUAGAACAUACGCUAUAUGCCAGUCUCCACCACCAGAAAGCCGCAAGAUAUCUUCUGGUGUAACGAUGCUGACUUUAUCAUCAUCAAACUUAAUCCAUUCAUCUAAAUAGCAAGAGGAGAGAAAAUAAAAUUAUACAAGAUUUGUUCAGAAGACCACUGCAAAAAGUUACUGAGCAAUUUUAUGCAUAGUAUUCCAUCUGCUAUAGCAGUAAUUCUCUAAAUGUGGCCCAGGUACCCCCAGAGUGGGUCCCCAGACUAUCAGGCAUUCCAUGAAGUUAAUAUUGAAGCAUUGUCUUUUCCACCCUCAUUCUCUAGAGUGUACUUUAGAAUUUUCCAAAGGCUAUGUGAUGUGUUGAUAAUGCAGCAGAUUGAAUGCAGCAGAUAUAAAAAUCCAACUGUCUUCUAUUAAGUCAGACAAGAGCAAAGAUUUAUAAAAAUAUAAAACAGUAUCAUUUCUAAUUUUUUAAAUAUUCUCAUUUAAAGAGUUUUCACAUUAAUAGUGAAGUUCAUUACUGUCAUCUUUUAAUAAACUUAAAAUUUUUCAGUUAAAUUUCUAAUAUGGUAAAUAUUAAGAAAUGUAAUCCUCAUAAACAAUUAUUGACGUCUUCCAUAACUAAGCCUGUAAAGGGGUUCUGAGAUUAAAAAUUUUGAAAACCACCAGGCGCAGCAGGUAUUUUUUUUUAUAUACAAUUUAUAAUAAACUGUAAAAUUUUUAACAGUUGAAAACAAUAAUACAAUCUUUACCUUGUUUCCUCUUCACCCAUGAUACAUAAUGACCUGAAGAACUAGACCUUCCCUGAUGAGUCAGCACUGCUUGUAAGUCAUAGUAUCCACAGUUAUUGGAACCAAUAUCUAAAGAAAA